ACAGUCAAAGGAGCGGAGCGAUGGGUACCUUAAAGAGCCUGCAGUUACUUUUAAGUUGGCAAAAAGUGUGUUCCUUUCAUAGUGAUUGCAUUUGGGGUGACUCUGCUUUAAGGCUCUCUCUCUCUCUCUCUCUCACACACACACAUUCGCACACACACUUCUUAAGAUGCCCAUCCAAGAUGACUAACUUGGGUUGGUUGACACACUUUUAAUCACUUUUUUAAAAUGAGAAUUUGCUUUGUUCAACAAAUGCAGGAAGAUAGGCAGAAGUGACUGGCAGAAUCCGAGACCAGGGAGAAGAGUCGAUGGAAGAAGAUUGGAAGAAAUUUAAAGACUAUCUACAGAAAUAUUGUAAAAUUAAUGAAUGAUAGAAUGAUGUUGGAUAGCAAUUAAGGGGUUUCCAGCUGUAAUGCUCUAAGAGAAUAUGAAAAAAGGGUUAUAAAUGGGUUAAAAUCUAAUGGUAAGGAUUUGCUGAACCAAUAAAUUGAAGUGGAAUACAAAAAAGGGAGGUAUGAGGAGGUCCGGGAAAUAAGCUAAAGGAAAAUAAGUAAUAGAAAAUAUGAGUGUUUUUAACUGUUUUUAUUUUGUUUUUGUUUUUUUCUUUUCUUUUUCAUUUUUACUGUAAUAUUUCAAAAAAUCUUAAUAAAUAUUUUAUUAAAAAAAAAAAAACAAAUGCAGGAAGAUACCCCCUCUUCUAUCUUCUUCUUAUUUUUCUUUGGUGAUCACUCGUAGCCAAGUAAGAUUGUCUUCCAUGAACACAGUCUUAAUGGUGUGUCCGUAAGUGACUGUGGAGGCCAGUUAUGGACCCACACGUCCUUCCACAGUGGGGACAUAGGUUUCCGGGCAGGAGUUGAUCAUGGUGAGAAUUUGCCUUCCUCUUAGCGUGUUUCUCCCUGUCGUUCUGAGUUUGAGCGUCUUCAAAGUCCAUGACACCUUUGGUAAAGGCUGUUCUCCAAUUGGAGCACUCGCAGGCCAGUGUUUCCCAACUGUUGGUUUUAUACUACAUUUUUAAAGACUUGCCUUGAGAGAAUCUUUAAACCUCUUUUGUUGACCACCAGAAUUACACUUUCCAUUUUUAAGUUCGGAAUAGAGUAGUUGCUUUGGAAGAUGAUAGUAAGGCAUCUGAACAACAUGACCAGUCCUACAAAAUUGAUGUUGAAGAAUCAUUGCUUCAACACUGGGGAUCUUUGCUUCUUCCAGUACACUGGCAUUAGUUCACCUGUCUUCCCAAGUGAUGUGUAAAAUUUUACGGAGACACCGUUGAUGUAAUCUUUUGAGAAGUUCGGAGAUGAAGUUUAUGUGGUCCAUGUUUCACAAGCGUACAGUAAAGUUAGUAGUAUAAUAGCUUUGUAAACAAGCAUUUUGGUUUCUCUGCGAAUGUCCCGGUCCUCAAACACUCUGUUUCAAUCAGGAGAAAGCUGCACUCACAGGGCUCAGGCGAUGCUGGAUUUCAGCAUCAAUGUCGGCCCUCCCUUGUGGAAAGGUAGGAGAAGUGAUCAACACUUUCCAACGUUACACCAUUGAGAGGGAUUUAUGGUGCUGCAGAGGGGUUGUUUUGUGCUUGUUGGUGAAGUAUUUGGUUUUUUUGGAUUUUGAGUGAUAGGCCAAGUUUUCCACAAGCUUCUGUGAAGAUAUUUAGGAUGGUUUGAAGGUCGUCCUUGCCAGUGGUGGGUGGGGCCACAGGUACAAGUGAGUGGAACAAUUCACGUGAAUUUUACCUUUGGUCAGCAGGCUUGUUUCUGCACUAAAUAAUAAUUGCUUAUUCAAUUGUAUUCUACUUUCUUUGCCUUCUUGCUGUUGGAUGCUGUGAGCACCAUCUAGAGGAGCAACUGAAAACAAGCUCAACAAAUAAAGAAUAAAACUGUUUCUGCCUGGUUUCGAACCAGGGACCUUUCGCGUGUGAGGCAAACGUGAUAACCACUACACUACAGAAACUGUGCUGUGCCUUGGUUCCCACCCUCCAGUUGAAGACUAGCCUUUCCUGUGUCAAUCCACCGAACUUUGAGCAGAAAAGCCCACAUUCGCAAGGUCUUCAGCUCCCAGGAGCCAAGGAGGAAGCCAAACAAAAGUGUUGCCUGCUGCACCUGCACCACUGAUAGUACAGGAUGCUGAGCAAUCAAGGAGAAAGAGCAACAUGAGGGAAGGGAGGAGAUUAAAAAACAAAAAUGCUGGGAAAGAAAGAGAAACUGAAACAACAACAGAGUAGAUUCCCAAUCCCUAGACUCAAACUGGUCCCCUGAGACAUCACCAUUUCCCAGGGUGGAUAAAAAUGAAUUUUUAUAUGUGUGUGUGUGUAUAAUAUAUAUUAAUAUAAUAUAAUAUAAUAUAAUAUAAAUAUUUAAAAUCACCUUGGGUUACAGACGCUUCAGGUUACAUAUGCUUCAGGUUACAGACUCCGCUAACCCAGAAAUAGUGCUUCAGGUUAAGAACUUUGCUUCAGGAUGAAAACAGAAAUCGGGCUCCGGCGGCACAGCCGCAGCAGGAGGCCCCAUGGUGCUUCAGGUUAAGAACAGUUUCAGGUUAAGAACGGACCUCCGGAACGAAUUAAGUACUUAACCCAAGGUACCACUGUAUAUAUAUAUAUAUAUAUAUAUAUAUAGGAUUUCUUUUAUUUAAAUCGGAUUUCCUUGAUCUAAAUUGGAUUUUUAAAAUGAAAUGCUUUUGGAGGAAAAAUCAUUCUAAAGAUAGUUUUCCAUUUCAACAGGAAAUAAGGAUUUCUUUUAAGUUUUUCAUAUGAGCUUAAACUCAAUCUAAGCUUUUUUAAAAAAAAGUUUAAUCACAUCAGUUAACAAACAUUGAUGCAUAUGCUGUAAUGUUAUUGCUUUAGUUAAAUAAAUGGUUUAAAUUGUUAUUAAGGAAAUUAUUAUUUUUCUCCUUUCAAUAGAGUACAGCAGAAAAGUUGUUCAAAUAUAAACAGUUAACUUAUUAAACCUCACAAUAAUUUCAUAAUUGUCUAUGUAUUUCUAAUAGUACAACCAAAUCAGUAAUUUUUGAUAUAACUGUAAAAACUACUCCGAAAAUUUAUUAUUCCAGAAACAAAACCUUCAUCUGGUUGUAAAUAUUAAGAUUAUACCAGCAAGAAUGAGUUCUUUUGUAAAAAAAAAGAAGAAGAUUUAAAUCAAGUCUUACUGACUAGUGAUUUAAAUUGUGAGUUUUUCCUAUUAGGGACAGUGUCCUAGAAGGCUUACUGAUGUAUGAACGGCAAAAUGAAAUGUGUGUUAGGAGGGAGUUUUUUAGCACACAAAACUGGGUGCACAUUAAGAAGUUAAAACUGAAAACCAGGUAUGGGAGGGGAUUCCGCUGAGCCCACACUUAAAGAUGAAUCUGCCUCAUUUGCCCUUUGUGCUCAAGAAGCAGACUGAAUCACAGCCACCCAUCAACAUUUGCAAUUCUCUGGAUUUUCCAGUGCAGUUCUCCAGCCAAGUAAUAAGUGCAGCAGUUAAUCAAAUUAUAUAAAAUUACUUUAUAAAAUGUGUAUAUUGGAUGGGAAAUGCACACUAUAUUGCUGAUGAAUGUGGAAAUGUGAAUAACUGAAUUUAAGAUUGAAAAAUUAAAAACUGAGAAAACCAAAACUGACUGAUUCAGCCAUUCCUACCCAAAACUUUGGUGUGUGCCAGGCAGACUGACAUCAGAGAGCCAGGCGUAUCCAUUCCAGGGUUUGAAGGGUCUUUCUAGUGUGGUCUGUGGUGUGCAAUGAUUUGUGUCCUCUUUUUCCCUAUAGGAUGUGAGAAGCACCUUGCAGAGGUAAGUGGCUCUUGCUCAUUUCCAUUAGCAUCACUCUGUGAGGUCAGAAAAGGUCCAGGACCCCAGGACCCUUUGCCCUUUGUGCUCAAGAAGCAGACUGAAGAAGCAGACCCGUCAGGGGUCUGCCUUAGGAGAGGCUGUAAGGCUCCACACCCUACAGCAUUUGAUAGGUAAGCAUCAGAUCUCUCUCUUGCUUUGUAGGACCCUUAAGGGCUGUCGCAUGGAAGGUGGAGCCAGCUUGUUUUCUCCUCCUCCACAGAGUAGGAUUUAAACCAAUGGAUACAUGUUGUAAGGAAUAAGAUUCCAACUCAACAUCAGAAAGAGCUUUCUGACAGUGGAAGGACUCCCUCUGGAAGUCAUGGGCUGUCCUUCACUGGAGGUUUUAAAGCAGAGGUUGGAUGGCCACUUGUCAUGGAUAAUUUAGUUGAGAUUCCUGAAUUGCAGGGAGUUUGACUAAAUGACGCUCAAAGUCAGAUUCCGCUGUAUGAUUCUAUGAACGGACUAACAUUCUUUUUCUUUUCACCAGGUAUGAGAAACGAGAGAGAUUGGAGAAGACACUGGAUUUCCCUCCAGAGCUGAAGAAAAGGAUCUCGGAUUUCUGUGAUAUAAGCCCUCUCUUGGAACGUGUUAGGAAGCAAUUCAAAGGUAAUGAAAAAUGGCUGUAAGGAUUUUAUGCGGGACGUUAUAAUUAGUCCAGAACUGAGCAUUGCAUUGUGUUUUGUUUUGUUCCUGCUGCAGACAGGGGUAUCCCCCAUGAUGCUUGCCUUCCUGUUGCUGCAGCCAUCAUUUAAUUUCCCCCAGGAUGCCCCAUAAACAUUGUCACUCUGGUGCAUGGGGGGUCGGAGGAGAGAAAUGGUGGCAUCCGCAAAGAGAGGAUGAACCAAAGUGCAUAGCAAGACCACAAUUUUCUGCCUAAUGUGUAUCUGUUUACAAUUAUGCAGAACUUCCUUUUUCAUUUUGUCACCCAUCUCCCCAAUCUGGGGUGGCCCUUUUGGAGGAUCUCAAACUCUGAUGGACAGUAAAAUAGGGCAUUUUUAAACACCCUGUUCCGCUCUUUGCCUCGUCCUCAGGCUUGGAUCCCAGCAGUAGAACAAAGGCCUGAUCCAUCUCCUGGUGGGUCUGCUCUAACGCUCUCCCCAACUCUAACCAUUUUUUUCUUCAUUUUUUUUAAUUGCUUUUCAUCAUUUAUCUCAAAAAUAACAUAACAAAAUACACAACAAAGAGAGGGGGGAAACACACCACACUACAAUAGACAAUAAACACACAAGAGGAAAAAAAGGGGGGGGAAAUAUUAUCUCUUCAAAUAUCCAACUUUCAUCACAUUGAUGACUGACUUCCUCAGAUCCCCUUUAACUGAAUUUCAUUAUAUCUCCUUUAUAACAGUUCUCCAAGUUCAUCAACUUGAGGGCACAAAGGGUCCGUAGCUGUUCUCUUAAUUCUCAUUCCCCAAACCUCUGAAGCCUUGAAUGCCCAAUUUUACACAGGGAGUGUCAGAGGAGGGGAAUUUCUCUCCUCUCCUCUCCUGCUCUCUCUCACUCCCCUUCAUUCUGAUGAAGGAGAGGAAUGUCCAAAUCCUGGAUGCGAUAUCUGAGAGGGAAUCUGGUUCUUGGGGUGUUUCUUGGAUCACAAUGUCAGUCUCUGACUCUGCAUAUUCUUCUCUCUCCCUCAUCUUCUCCCCAACAGCAAAUGUCACUCUGGAUCCAGACACAGCCCAUCCCAAACUCAUCCUGUCAGAGGAUGGGAAAAGCGUGAGAUGGGGAGAAAAACCUCAAGCCCUGCCUGAUAAUCCUGAGAGAUUCAGGCGCUACUCUUGUGUGUUGGGACGUGAGGGAUUCACAACAGGCAGCCAUUUCUGGGAAGUCACUGUGAAAAGUGGGGAAUAUUGGGCUUUGGGGGUCGCCAGGAAGUCUGUGGAGAGAAAGGGCAGCUUCUCCUUAAGCUUUCUCGACUUCUGUCCUUGUCCUGAGGGAGGAAUCUGGGCUGUGGGGAAGUCGGGAGGGAAGUACUGGGCCUACUCAUCCCCUUUUCCCUCUCCUCUGUCCCUGAGUGAGGAGCCCAGGAGGAUCCGGGUGACUCUGGACUGUGAAGGGGGACACGUGUCUUUUUAUGCUGCUGACUCAGGAGCCGAACUCUACACGUUCUCAGGAGCCUCGUUCUCUGGAGAGACCCUCCUCCCUUUCUUUCUUCUGUGGGAAAAUUAUAAAAUCUGGGAUCUCCUGAGGAGGAUCUCCUGAGGAGACUAAAUCUGCCUCUCAGGCCCAGCAGGAGUUUCUUUCCAGACCGGAAUGACAAGUAUAAAAACCAACAUUUACCUCACAAUAGCAUUUUUUGGGUUGCCCUUUGAGAGGAUUCAUUCCAGUAAUGAUCUGCAGAAGCAGCAAAACAGACAAAAAUUGUAGACUCCCCUCCCCCGCCAUUCCCUUGGCAGCAGACAGUAACACUAUAAGAGUUCCAAUAAAUAAUACCUCAAUAGGAAUUCACUGAAUUUAUCUUCAAACAGGCCUUUGGCUGAUUGUUUUCCAAUGCCCUUUUAAAUGUGUUGUGGGAGUGUGGAUUAUUGGUUUGUUUUCGUUCGUUAAAUGUUUUGUAAUGCGGGUGGCAUUUCACUGAGCCUCUUGGGCUUGCCGAUCAGAAGGUCGGCAGUUCGAAUCUUCUUCUUCUUCUUCUUCUUCUUCUUCUUCUAAAAUAAUAGUUUUUAUUUGGUUUUACAAGUAUAAAGUUAUAACAUUAUCAAAUACACUCAAAUUUAGAUUUCCCUGAAUCUCAAGACUUCCCACCAUCCCCUCCAUGGGUCCUAUUGUCAUCAUUUUCAGCUGCAUAUUAUUUCAUCAUCUAUAUUUUAAGUCUAUCCAAGUUAUCCAAUGUAUUUGUUACAUUACAAG